AUGAGUCGCGCUAUGUGAUGCUGUUGUUACUGCCAUUUCAUCAGCGGAUUUUCAAAAAAUAUCUCUCCAUCUUUAAACAUGGAAUUACCAUAAAAUGAAACCAUCGACAAGUUUUAAAGACGGCCAUUAGCCUAUUUCACAUGAAACUCGGCAGUAUAGUAACACAUCUCAGUGUAGAAUGAAAUAAAAUGAUAGCCUAGGACAAGGCCUAUUUGCGGAUUACUCCUUGGUGUUUGGCUAGGCCUCCUGGGAUCACUGUUUCAGAGAGCAUCUUCGAGAGAAAAUAUUUCUCAAGAUCAUGGGGUUUGCUAUUGCCAGGCGUUGAUCGCCCAUCCAACAAGAUUCUGUGAGAUAUGGAAGCAAUAUGGCUGUACCAGUUUCGACUCAUCGUCAUUGGGGACUCGACAGUAGGAAAGUCGUGCCUGAUCCGGCGAUUCACCGAGGGACGCUUUGCGCAGGUGUCCGACCCCACAGUCGGUGUAGACUUCUUCUCAAGGCUAGUGGAGAUAGAGCCAGGGAAACGCAUUAAACUUCAAAUCUGGGACACUGCUGGACAAGAGCGAUUCAGGUCUAUUACCAGGGCCUACUACCGCAACUCUGUUGGUGGGCUACUGCUGUUUGACCUCACCAACCGUCGCUCCUUCCAGAAUGUGCAUGAGUGGCUGGAGGAGGCCCGCAGUCAUGUCCAACCUCACAGUAUCGUCUUCCUGUUGGUGGGUCACAAGUGUGACCUGGAGUCCCAGAGGCAGGUGAGCCAGCAGGAGGCUGAGAAGCUGGCAGGUGCCUAUGGCAUGCGCUAUGUGGAAACAUCGGCUCGCGACGCCAUCAACGUUGAAAAGGCCUUCACUGAGCUAACGCAGGACAUCUUUGAGCUCGUGAAGAGAGGUGACAUCAACAUCCAGGAGGGUUGGGAGGGGGUGAAAAGUGGCUUUGUGCCAAAUGUGGUGCACUCCUCAGAAGAGGUCACCAAGAGUGACCGCCGGUGCCUCUGCUGAAUGUCCUGUCUGUCUAGUCGGCUUUACCCCCCCCCCCCUCGCUCAGCUCAUGUAUUCCUGUAACAUUAUGACCCAUUAGCUCCCUGUCUUAUCACCUGGCAUUUAUUUGGCUCUCUCACUCCGAUCCUGAAUACUGGAAGGCCAUAUCAGCUCUAGUCUACCACUGGAGCAAAAAUGGACAAAGCGAUUUGGGUCGUUCCAUGAAAAGAGUGCCUUUUGUGUCCCUUGGAUAUUUUAAGUAGAAAUUGUGCCCCAAUAUUGAAUUUGAAUAGCUUGUUGCAUUUUGACAUGUCCUUCUCUCAACCCCGUGUCUCUUCUAGGAUUUUAACCCACUUAAUCCCGACAUUUCUCAAAGUAAAUUUUUGUUGUUGUUACUUUGCAAAGUUAUUUCUGAAGAUUAUUAUUCAUUUCAUGUGAUUAGUGUUUAUGUCCGUCCCUCAUUUUAAGGUCAACUGAACUCCCGUUUUAAUAUUGGUGAAGCUAUUCCUUUUAAUAUAUAUAUUUCUUUUAAAGAAACAUUGAACAUCCUAAUAGUGAAAUCAUAGAGUAAAAGCAGGUGAGCUGGUUCUACAAUUUUGGGCCAUUUUCUGGUGUUUUGUGGUGGAAAACUGAGCGGGUCGAGCACAACACAUCAACCCUGUCACAUAGAUAGACAGGCUAGAAAUAUAUAUAUUUGUUUUGGGGGGGUGGGGGUGAAGCUCGCAUUCAAUUGCCAAUCCCUGUGCACACAACAAGCUUCCAUUGCCCCUUCCAUUUCAGAUGAAAUCAUCAACCCUGUUAUGGUCAACCCUGCUAUGGUCAACCCUAUUUGGCACUUAAUAGGCCAUUGCUAUAGUAAUGGGAAAACUUUUUUUUUAAUGAAAUUGAACAUGUGCAGUCACAUUAUGACAGAAUGUUAAAAUUAGGUGAAACCACCCCCCCUCCUCUAAAAAUGUACCAAGUUACAUUUCUCAAAAGGCACCGAAAUGGUGAAACGACCCAAUUGCCAAAGUAACCUUCCUCGCCUCUGUCUUACCUGUUAGAUGCACUUGAAAGAAAAGAAAUGCCCUGCUUUAUGGUGAGAUUAUCCUCUCUGUAGUUAUGCCCUUACGGAAGGAACACACCUCAAACUUUACAAGUCUGUCCUGGAGUCUGGAGCGCUCACACAACUUUCGGAGAGGACACCUAACCUCUCCAGUCUGUUUCUGGCUGGUGUGUGCAAUACAAGGGGACACCAAAUCUAGCUCUUCUCUUUAAACCCUCUCUAUGGAAAGAUCCAAUUCACAUAUGUUGUAUUAGCACUGCGUGAGCAUGCGGGGAAUGGCACACUGUAGUGUGCAAUGCCUCCUCUGCUUUAGUUUGUGAGACCGAUGGCACCACCAGACACAUGAACAACCUAAGGAACACAUCAUUGCCACCAUCCCUUUGAUCAUAGAUAAGAUGGAACCAAAGUUUAUGUGUACCGAUUCAGUUGCCAACUGUGUUUCUAUAUGAGUAUCCACAGGGAAUGUGUACCGUUGAGUGUGGGUAUGCACUGUGAAAUGCCUAACAUCAAUUUUUUUAUUGCGGUUUGCGUCCUCGUUGCUCAUAUUAAAUGCACAGUUGGUGACAGAAGGUCGAUGUACAACAUAUCACCCCUUUUAGUUACCCUGUCCAUCGAUCAUAAUCAUUACAGAGAAUGUGUCUCGUGAGAAAGCCGUUUUAUGUACUCCGUUGGCUUAAACUGUACGCGCAACCCUUAAACAUUGACAUCUACCCAUAUGCCUCCUGAUGAACACUGAAGCUUUAAAUGGGGUCGGCUGCACUAGGGUUGUUUGCCUUUGGUGUCUUAAGACCUCCAUACUGUAUGGUCGUAUGCUUGUAGUUUUAACACGAUUAUAAGCAACAUUCUGCAUAACGCAACAUGUCCGAUAUUUCUUCCCGCCCUACACUGUAAAAAAAAAAAAAAAAAAAAAAACUACUUUUUUUUAAAUGACUUUUUUUACUCCAACUGGUUACAAGUAACUAAGUUAGGGUUUCUCAAUUGAAAAACAACACAUUUGUUGAAACCAAAUACAGUCGUAUGAAAAAGUUUGGGCACCCCUGACAAUUUCCAUUUAUAAAUAAUUGGGUGUUAGGAUCAGCAAUUUCAUUUUGAUCUAUCAAAUAACUGAUGGACACAGUAAUAUUUCAGUAGUGAAAUUAGGUUUAUUGGAUUAAACAGAAAAUGUGCAAUAUGCAUCAAAACAAAAUUAGACAGGUGCAUAAAUUUGGGCACCCCAAUAGAAAAAUCACAUCAAUAUUUAGUAGAGCCUCCUUUUGCUAAAAUAACAGCCUCUAGACGCUUCCCAUAGCCUCUAAUGAGUGUAUGGAUUCUGGAUGAGGGUAUUAUGGACCAUUCCUCCUUACAAAAUAUCUCCAGUUCAGUUAGGUUUGAUGGUUGCCGAGCAUGGACAGCCCGCUUCAAAUCAUCCCACAGAUUCUCAAUGAUAUUCAGGUCUGGGAUGGCCAUUCCAGAACAUUGUACUUGUUCCUCUGCAUAAAUGCCCUGGUAGAUUUUGAGCAGUGUUUUGGGUCGUUGUCUUGUUGAAAUAUCCGGUCCCGGCGUAACUUCAACUUUGUGACUGAUUCUUCAAUAUUAUUCCCAACAAUCUGCUGAUAUUGAGUGGAAUCCAUGCGACCCUCAACUUUAACAAGAUUCCCAGUAUUGGCACUGGCCACAGCCCCACAGCAUGAUGGAACCACCACCAAAUUUUUACUGUGGGCGGCAAGUGUUUUUCUUGGAACGCUGUGUUCGUUUGCCGCCAUGCAUAACGUCCCUUGUUAUGACCAAAUAAAUCAAUCUUUGUUUCAUCAGUCCACAGCACCUUAUUCCAAAAGGAAGCUGGCUUGUCCAAAUGUGCGUUUGCAUACCUCACGAGACUCUGUUUGUGGCGUGUGUGCAGAAAAGGCUUCUUCCGCAUCACUCUCCCAUACAGCUUCUCCUUGUGCAAAGUGCGCUGAAUUGUUGAACGAUGCACAGCGACACCAUCUGCAGCAAGAUGAUGUUGUAGGUCUUUGGAGGUGGUCUGUGGGCUGUUUUUGACCGUUCUCACCAUCCUUCGCCUUUGCCUCUUCGAUAUUUUACUUGGCCUGCCACUUCUGGCCUUAACAAGAACUGUGCCUGUGGUCUUCCAUUUACAUUUACAUUUACAUUUAAGUCAUUUAGCAGACGCUCUUAUCCAGAGCGACUUACAAAUUGGUGCAUUCACCUUAUGACAUCCAGUGGAACAGUCACUUUACAAUA